UUGUUUUAGUUAUGUUAACUUGGUUAAAGACAGUUGAAAGCUCAAGAUUUGAAUGUGUACGGACGUGUGUACUCCGAAACCGGCUACUCAUAGAACCCCGCACUAUCAGUUUUAUCAGUUGUCGAACAGUAAUCGCUGCGGCGAUCACCUAAAAACUCGCAGAAUUUCGCCCGCGGUGGCACUCUGGAAUAGACCACUAAAACGGCCGGACCGAUUUGCGAGUAUGGAAAUCAUUAUUAGUUUUCUACACAAAAUCGCCCCAAUAUUUCUGGCCCAUGGAGUCGUCGGCAUUAUCGCGUUUUGUGUGAGGCUGUAUAUGCAGGGGGGAAAGUUCAGAAAGCAGACCGACGAGACGGGAAAAGUGGCAAUCGUCACUGGCGGAAACACGGGCCUCGGCAAGGAAACUGUGAUGGAGUUGGCCAGGAGAGGAGCCACUGUUUACAUGGCAUGCCGAGAUAAAGAAAAAGGUGAAAGAGCUCGAAAGGAAAUAGUCAAGGAGACCGGAAACUCGAAUGUUUUCUCCCGGGAGUGCGACUUGUCUUCGCUUGAUUCCAUUCGGAAGUUUGCACAAGACUUUAAGAAAGAGCAAAGGGAGCUGCACAUCCUGAUCAACAAUGCUGGUGUCUUUUGGGAGCCUCGCAGACUGACAAAAGAGGGUUUCGAAAUGCAUCUGGGAGUCAACCACAUUGGCCACUUUCUGCUAACCAACCUGUUGCUCGAUGUGUUGGAGAGGUCAGCUCCUAGCCGGGUAGUGGUAGUGGCCAGCAGAGCUCACGAGCGGGGUCAGAUUCAAGUUGAGGAUAUCAACAGCUCCGAUUUCUAUGACGAGGGAGCUGCCUACUGCCAAAGCAAACUGGCUAAUAUACUCUUUUCUCGUGAACUGGCCAAGAGGCUUGAAGGGACGGGUGUUACGGUCAAUGCCCUCAAUCCUGGAAUAGCCGACACGGAAAUUGCCAGGAACAUGGUCUUCUUCAAAACAAAGUUCGCUCAGUAUGUGGUAGAAACAAUACUGAGACCUCUUCUCUGGUCCGUAAUGAAAACACCCAAGAACGGGGCGCAAACCACACUAUAUGCCGCCUUAGACCCCGAUCUCGAAAAUAUUUCCGGUCAAUACUUCAGCGACUGCCAUUUGGCCCCUGUAGCUCCCGCUGCCCUCGACGAUCAGAUGGCAAAGUGGCUGUGGGCCGUGUCGGAGAAGUGGACGGAAAUUUCUCUCUAAAUUGGGUCAAUUGGGUAUUGUUAUGUAGCUAGUCGCAAUUUAAGCCAUUUUAAUUCUUAAAAAGCCAUUGUUAUUUAUGAAUAAAAUUAAUGCAGGUAAUAUUUCAAA